UCUUAAUAACUGAUAAAUUACCAUAUUUUCUGUUUUGUCCACUUCAGCCUACUGUCUAGCAUAACUCCAAGAAGUCUGGUUUCCUCCACCUGUUCAAUAGGCGCACUCUUUACAGACAGAUUAAACUGUGGCUUGAGUUUAGGCUCAUUAGUGAUGUGAUGGUGUGUGCUGGUGUGUUCAGGUGAUGUGUGAGGAUGCGGUGAGGCAGACACGCAGUCAGAAGCACGCUCUAGAGCAGGAAUCUCCGCAGCUGAAGCUGGAUGGCUCCCGAUCGGCCCCGGACUCCAGCGUCCUGAAGACCACCAUCAAAGAAGAGCUGCAGACGAGAGACGAGCCCUUGGACACGAGCAACACCACGAUGAAGAGAGAGGCGCGGUCUUCAUCGCCUGAUGACGUCAUCAUUCUGUCGGACGAGGCGCCCAGUCCACUGGUGAACGGAGGAAAUCACGUCAAACAGCUGGACACGGAUCUGCUGAUGAGAAGUUCUCCGGAGGAGCGCGAGCGUGUCGUUAAGCAGCUGAAGGAGGAGCUGCGUUUAGAGGAGGCCAGACUCAUCCUGCUCAAGAAACUCAGACAGAGUCACAUACACAAAGACUCUGGAGCACAGAAGCCAGCGGCUCCUGUGUCCAGCACUGCUCCUCCUCUGUUCAAGAGAUCUGCUGCUGGGAAAACUACAGCACCGGUGAUCUCCGCUUGGGCUUCUCCUCUGCUGUCCAAACACAGCGCUCAGAUCAUCAUGCCUCCGCUGCUCAGAGGAGCUCAGUCGAUCUUGGUGUCGCCGCUGCAGGUCUCCAGCCUCAGACAGCAGCAGAACUCCUCAGGGCCUCCUCCGCUGCUCCUCGCUCCCAGAGCCACGGUGAGCAGCAUCCCGGGACACAAGAUCAUCCAGCCCGGCCUCAUACGCAUGACCUCCAUCCCCAGCACAGGCCUGCUUCUCAGCAUCAGCCAGGUAAGCAGGGUCUCUACGCCGGUCUGGUGGUCAGUGCUGGAGAGCCGAGCUGGUGCUCUCAGUGUCAGAAGGACUUCCCCUGCCGCUGGCGCCGAGACGAGGGCGGAGCCGUCAUGUGUGAGCAGUGCAUGUCGUCCAAUCAGAAGAAGCUUUUGGGGUCAGUCUGAGGUUUUUGUUCUUCCGAUACGUGUCGUUCAUCAUGCCUUCUCCCCGUCCUCUCAGCUGCAGAACGCCGUGGCGGCCGCCGCUCUGGUCAGCAGGCCAGGUAAGCAUGCAGAGCGUCAGGAAUCAAAGGUCAGCAGCAGCAGAGGCAGCAGCAGCGUGAGGAAACGGAGCAGCAGCGCAGCAGGCGUGACCAUGGCCUAUGUGAACCCCAGUCUGUCGGUCCAGAAGCCGGUGGAGCGUCACAGGGAGUAUCUGCUGGACAUGAUCUCGUCUCGGUCCGUCUCACAGACCGCAAACUCCUGGAAGUAGAACCAGGUUCUGGAUUCAUCUGGUUUCUGCAGGUUUCUUCUCUCAAGGGCUCUGAUCAUCACUUCACUUCUUACCAAAAACACCAGAGACGCUUUGUGUGCUUCUGUUACGGCUUAGUUGUAUUUCGUUACGUAAGUGUGUGUGUAUGUGUGUUUGACGACGUUUGUUCUU